AUGCCUAUUACUGCCGAGCACCGCACUGUCGAGGCGAUCCUCGAUCACAUUGCCGUCGACGUACACUUCCGAGUGACGCUUUUGGACGCGAAAUGCUAUGAGCUGCGGAAGAUCCUACACAUGUAUGCGGUGACUUCGCCUGAAGAAGCUGCAGCGAAGGAAAACGACGCAGAAGCCAACGUGGAAGAAAAGGAAGCCAUGCAAGGCGAUGUUGCUGCGGCCGAAUCCGCAUUGCAGAGUGCACUGCUGCGCGCAAGGGCGAUACGAAAUGCCCCAGAGAUCAAGAAACGCACUAAACUUCAAAAAGCUGACUCAUUACAGUCGACCCUGAUGGCUCCACGAGAACACUCACCCACGACCCGUGCUGUCGCUGGGCGCGACACAAUUCCUUCUCAGGACCAAGAACGCCCUCCCCGCCAGCAUCCACAGCCCAAGUCACUCCCUCGACACAUGCUUGCUAAAAUAGCCGAAGUCGUUGACAAGACAGCGAUUUGGUCAUCACCGGAUUCCCCGGCAAAAGUGUUCCUUGGCAAGUUGAACCAACUGGUGUCUCAGCGCGACGCGGCCAGCGCAGCUGGCGGUGCGAUUUCGCCACCACGAAUUCCUUAUCGGGAGCAAGUUUUUCGGCUGCAAUAUGCAUACGAUCGCAUUCUCAGUGUCGUUGCCAAAUGUUGCUCGUACAUGUCAUCGAGCGACACCCCACCGUCGCUGUCGCGCGUGUUCCCGGUGUGGUAUCGGCUGCACAAGAUCAAGAAACUUCUGGUCGAGAUGAAUGAAGAGCUGACGUCGCUUCUGAAGCGAACGCCGCCGCCGCCACACUUGUCGCAAGCAACAGCCGAGAGAAGCGCUGCUUUUCUUCAAGCUAUACGAUCGAAAAAUCCAGCACCACGAGAGAUCGACAACCAGCGCUUGAUUGAAGCAGUACAACACGUCGAUCCCAAGUGGACCGAAGAAGUCGCAGCGUUGUACCAAACUCUUCAGCUAGCUUGGGAUGCCGACGACUACGCUGCAUGCAUCGCCGAUCUGGCGCGACGAAACAUUGCCCGUUUCGUGGUGCCUAGCGUGGAUCGUAUGCUUCAUGUCUCUACUGCGUCGAAAAGCGAAGUCGUCGAAGCGCUCAUGAUGCUACGGCUGCUGCAUUCCGUUGCGUGUUGCGAUGGGCUCAUGAUGCGCAGUUUUGUUCGGGCAUCGCCAUGAACGUACAACACUUAACACGCAGUUGCCUUUUACCACAGUGCCUUGUCUUUCUCGAAGUCAUGAGUCCUCCAUGCCGUUGGAUCGAAUGGCCACCGCAGUUUGCGUCGAUUUAUAUCUGCUCCAAGCCAUGGGCAACUGCAGAAAACAUGUCAGUCGGUGGUGCAGGCUUACUCUUAAUCACUGCAGUUCGUCCAUGGCUGCUACCUCUUCGGUCACGUGGACGUCGAUGGGACCGUCCGGUCUCGUCGGGAGGACCGAUGUGCGCCUCGCGAGCUGCUCUUCCAUCGCUGUGAUCUGGCUUUGGAUCAUCCUCGGCGAUAUUUGGAAUGGCUGGAUCGCCUCUGGCACGAACGACGCAAUGUCUUGCAGAAAGUCCGUCGCUUCACGACGCGUGAGGGCAAAUCCAAGUCGAACCAUUUCCCCGUCGUAGAGGAAGCCGACGGUCGGUCGUGUGAUUUGAGAGCUGCUGGUUGGCGCGACGACUUGGAACGGCUUCAUCAGGUCGACUUGAAAUGUCCGCGACCGUCGUAGACAUAGCGUUCGCCAUUCGUACGUGAUGGUUUUGGUCGUGGCAAACGUGUAUAUCUCGCACCCAAACACCGUCCAUGCGGCCGUUGUCAGCACAAACGACGCAAUGACGAGACCAAACACGAGCGGGAUCACUUUGGCGGAGCUGCUAUCCAGCACCACGGCUUCCAAAACGUAGACCGCGUAUCCGGUCGCGCCGCCCAAGACAACCAACGCGGUCAAAUAGCAUGGAUCCCUCGCCACGGGCACGCGAACGACGACCCCUCCCGUCUCGAUCGGAUGAAAGGUAUAUCGCGGGGCGAGAGCGGCCGUCAUCGACAGCCACUGCGACUGCCGUGAUGCCUUGGUGGAUGGAGUGUUUGGACUGUUCAUUGCGCG